AUGAGAGCUCACCUUGAACUGCACAGUUUUACUAGUCUGCAGGAGCACAAGGACAACAUCACACCACAUCAUAGCAGUCUGAUGACCAUACAGACAACUCUACAACCAAUGGGCGUGGCUCAUUUCUUGACAAUGGAUGCUGAUUUGUUUGGAAAAUUACGAGAAUGGUUUAGUCUAAUGGCAGACAUGGAAGUAAAAGCAUCAUGUUCAUCUUUGGAAAGCUACCAAAGAUUGCACAGUCAAGCUGGAAUGAUUAGUCGAGAAUUUGAACUGAAGUCAUUUUUACGUGCUAAUCUACAGCUGCUGGAAUUUAACAGAUUUGCAUUUGAGCCACACAAGGACGAUACUGUAAAUCAGUUGGUGCAGGAAUAUGAAGCUGAUGUGAUACUGAACAAAGAGGCAAGGAAAUGUGCCACAAAAAUUACGAAAGAAAUUCGCACCAUUCGUGAGAAGACCAAAGCAUUGCGAGGCUUGCAGACUGUGUCCACUGCUUACACAACGACUCCUGAGUUUGGCAGUGCUGAUGCUCAAGUCGACGUUGAUCAACAAAUAGAUGAUAUUCAAAAUGCAAUUCGUAAGGCUGAGAUUCAGAAAUUGAAAGCAGAAGCUAGAUUAGUAGUUUUGAGAGAUGCUGGAGUGGAUGUCGAUCAGUGGAAGAAGUCAGCCGGUGUUUCAGACUCUCGAGAGAAUCUUCUCAAUGUUGGGGACAGUAACAUGUCUGGAAGUCUUUUGUCUCUUGAGACGACAAGCGAAGCACCAAAUGGAAGUGUCGACUUUGAAAGUUCUCCAGAAGGAUCAUUUGGCGAAAAUCAAUUUACUGGCUUAGAUGACGAUGAUGACGAUCAAAGUUCAAAUCGCCAUUUCGACAUGCCACGCAAGGGUAUUGUCUUGUAUGACUACGAGGCAACUAAGGAGGAUGAGCUGUCAAUUCAUGAAGGAGAGGAGGUGUCGGUUCCUUGGUAUGAUGGGUUCGGAUGGUGUAAGGGUUGUAAUUCAUUAGGAAUCGAAGGGUUCUUUCCUGAAUCCUACGUCGAAGUUUCCGAGGAUUCGCCACCUCAAGAUUUGACAUUUCAGUCUCGAAAUGAUGCCGACACUACGCUAACUGAUGAAAGAGUUCAAGACAAUAUUCGAGUGCUGAGAGCUCUCUACUCUUACAGGGCAAGCGGCAAUGAUGAACUUUCUUUUCCUGAGGGAGCAAUCAUCAAGUUACUACGCAAAGAUGACAACGGUGUUGAUGAUGGGUUUUGGGAAGGCGAAUAUGAAGGUCGUGUUGGAGUCUUUCCAUCUAUUCUUGUGGAGCAGGUAGACAGUGUGAGCAGUUUGGACUCGGGUAGUGCUUUCUCACCUCCUGGGGACUACGUACUGCCACCAAUGAGCGAUUUGGUUUCUGGGUCACCAAUCUUGCAGUCUCCUUUAUCUGCACGCGAGUCACACGAGUCUAGUAGUUUUGAUUAG